GCUUCUCCUAUUUGCUCCAUUUACAAGAGUUCGCGAUCUGGCUUUAAUGGCGCCUUCUUCCCUGUCGACCGUCCUCGUUCUCUCUCUUCUGAGUUUCUUAUCCGUUGGAGCCCUAGCCAGGCCAGGCCUCCAUUUCCACCCCUGCAAGUCUUACUACGUUUCAUUCUCCUACACUCUGUCGAGCCCCAAAACCCUAGAUCAAAUCCCUUUGGAGCCAAAUCCUCGACCUAAUCUUCGUCCUGGUUUUGCGUCAAACCAUAAAUUGCCUUUCAGUUUCUUUAUCUAUAGGGAAAUCAAUGGAAUUUAUCCUAAACCAGUGGAAUUCAUGGCCCACAAUGACCUUUACUUGGUCUCCAGAAGGGACCCAUCUGCUUUCCGCGGGAUCAAACCCUAUGAAAGGGAAUUCAGGUUCACGAAUUCACUCAGAGAGAGGACCAAGGAUAUACUGAGCGUUAUCAUAGCUUUGCUCUUUGGCUUGGGUUGUGGUGCUUUGACCUCUGCAACUAUGUAUCUGGCCUGGUCUUUGAUCACAAACAGGUAUGAGGGUUCGGCUUCCGAGGAAUAUGAAGGCGCCGAUGAUGCAGGUUAUGUUAAGAUUCCUGAUACUCCGUCCACUGACACUGUGAAGAAAGAGGGUUACGAGGGGAAGUAGGGUUAUGUUUUCUGAUUUCUAGAUAUUUAUGCAAAAUGUCUGUGACUUGUGUAGAUACAUAUAUGUUAUCUCUGUUUAAGGGAUGUUUUUUAUAUCCUGGUAUUAUGGGAGUUGAGACUUAGAUGACUGGACAUUCGUGUUGCAUUCUGUUAUAUGUUGAUAUCUAAAGAUGAUUUCUCUGAUACUUAUAUAGAACUUGUUAUUACA